AGCAUUUUAAGAUCUGAAGUACAUCACUGUCCCAAGGAUUGCGUGCGCAUUAAUCGACUGUAUAAUUUUGGAGUAAAUAUGAUCACGUGUCUUCCACCAGCCAAUAAGAGCUCAAAAGCCCCGGGAGAAAUAAUUACCUGACUUGAUUGUUCUAUGGGCAGAUAAAAAAGUACACAUACACUCCAUAUAAUAAUCUGAUGCAUGUAAAAGAGGAGAGAGGCAUCACAUCGUCAUGUCGACCACGGGUCCUAUAAGCAAUUAUUAUGUGGAUUCGUUGAUAAACCACGAGAGCGAGGAGGUAUUAGCGUCGCGUUUCUCCGCGCCGGAGCUGCUCCCUGCCGGUUCACGACCAUCUCCGCUUGUCCCGGAGUGCUCGGAUUUUCCUUCUUGCAGCUUUGCGCCCAAACCUCCAGUCUUUACCACGUCUUGGGGCCCAGUGCACUCACAGUCCUCCGUGGUGUACCAUCCCUACACCCACCAGCCACACAUAGGCACAGACUCGAGGUAUGUGCGGUCGUGGUUGGAGCCCAUCUCUGGAACAGUCUCUUUCCCAGGCUACCCAGCUAACAGCAGACACUACGGACUGAAGCCCGACGGUAUCCCCGAACGCAGACCCGGGGAAUGCAUCGCCGCCAACGGACGCGGCUAUCCGGAUUACUAUUAUGGUUCUUCACCUGAUCUCCGGGAUAAGGCACAACAUAUCAUCCCUUCGCCCGAAGCGGAUGCAUUAGUUUCCGGCAAGCUCAAGGAAGACAAGCCAGAGUUAGAUCCAAAUAAUCCAGUGGCGAAUUGGAUCCAUGCGCGCUCCACCAGGAAGAAACGGUGUCCUUAUACCAAAUAUCAAACACUUGAACUCGAGAAAGAGUUUUUGUUCAAUAUGUACCUUACAAGGGACCGUCGAUACGAGGUCGCUCGUGUCCUAAAUCUCACCGAGCGACAGGUCAAAAUUUGGUUCCAGAAUCGACGGAUGAAGAUGAAGAAAAUGAAUAAGGAGAAGACCGAGAGUAAUGAGCAGUAGCGCAAAAUGACACAGAAGAUCACAUAAGCCUGCGUCAACAUUGAAAUAAUUAAAAUGGACAAAUAAUGACUGAAACUUUGGACUUAAUUUUCAAAAACAAUUCAGUCACUCUUCUCAUGAUUUCUACAUGUGUUGCACUUCAAGCUAUCUCACUGCUCAAGAUCUGUGGAUGACUUCUGAGCGGCUUACUUUGGCUGUUUUUGUUUGUUUUGUUAUAUGUGACAUACAGCUUGUUUGGUCACAUACUUUUUUAUUUUUGUAUACCAUGCGUCCAUGAAACGCGACUUAAGACAUUGUACAUUAAAAACAAAAACAUGGGAUAGAGUUAAGACGAGGAAUUAUACUCAGUAGUGUUUGUGUGUUCACGUGUAAUUUAAUACCUGUGUAUUUUUCUAGGUGUUGCAUCUUAUGUGUACACUAUGAGUAGAAAGUUUUGUACAAGAAAAGACAACCACAAUUACAAGGGGAUUGUUUGUGUUCUCGUCACUGUGGAUAUGUUGCAACUGCCGGAUGCGUUAUUUCCUCUUGAUUCUGAAAGUUUAUGUUAUAUUGUAGAUUGUGAUUAUAUUAAAAUAUAUCUGACAUCUCA